UAAAUAUGGCUAUCUAGACAGUGAUACCUUUAAAGUGAAAAGCAACCAGUAAACACUAUGCAGCCUUCCCAUCCAAAAAGUAUAUUAAAAUUGUGGUUAAACGAUAUUCUCAGCAAUUCCCAACUGGCAUCAUCACUCUGGGGCAGCAGAUGACAGUAAGUGACAAAGCAAGUUAGCUUCCUCCACACUAGAGAAUUUCUCGGUGAUAAAGAAGCUGUGGGAUACAUUUUUUUCUCCAUGACCUAAACUACUUUCUGCUUCAGGAUGAGACGUUUUCUAGCCCUGCUGCUCUUGCUGGCAUUACCAGGAUCAUGCAUGUCAGGAGAGGACCUGCAAGUGUUUCUGCAAGCAGAGGGAGAGUCCUUCAGAGCUAACUGCUCCUAUGACAUGCACGAGAGUUUACAUGAGAUGAAAUUCUGGUGCAAGGAGCUGUCAGAGAACUCUUGUCCAGUCUUAGCCUCGAGUUACCCUUUAACAGAAAGGAUGACUCUUAACCAUAGACUGCAUCGUUCAGUUGACCUGACAGACAUGGGACAUGGAUGGAUUUCUGUGAUCAUGAGAGCACUUCGAAGAAAUGACUCUGGCACAUAUCAGUGUGGGGUGCAGAGCGAUCUGCAGAAAAUUCUACUGCAAAGAAUACAGAUGGUGGUUUCAGCUGAGGAACCUGUAAAGCUAUUUGCAAAAACAGGGAACUCCCUGUCCCUCCAUUGCUCUUAUUCUGUGAUAGACGACAUCAGGAAACAUCAACAUUUCACUUGGUGCAAAAUGGUAUCCCGAAUUAGAUGUCAACCUAUUAUCAGCAGCAACUCUGAUCAAAGUAUUGUUAAAGUAGGAAGGACUGAGAUGAUGAAUGACUUCUCAGGGAAAAUGAUUAGAGUGUGGCUGAAAAAGCUCCAGUUUAAUGACUCAGGAGAAUAUCAUCUUGAGAGCCAUGUCAAGGGGAGAAACAAACCACUGAAGAGGAUUGUGCUGGAAGUUUGGGGGGAAAAUUGGGAUCUGGAUGCAGAUUUGGAGGCCAUUCCAUUUCCCACUGAGAGGGAGGGGACUGCCAAGCCCAGAGAUGACAGCAAUAUGGAUCAGAGGAAUCUUUAUGCUCUCAUGGUACUGAGUUCCUUCCUGGCUACAACUGCUCUGACUGUUACUGUUAUACUCCUUGCCACCACUUACAUCAGAAGGAAAAGGGCAGGAAAAAGGAUGGACUUUGGUAGACAUUCUGCUUUCAGACAGGCAGUGCUGCAGAAGGAUAGAAGAAACGAAACAAGUAGGAUGCCAGAUGGGGAACUGAAGGACAAUACAGUAUAUACUGUGAUAAGGCACCAACCUGAACUAAAGCCUGAAGAUGUUAUAUAUGUCAACACACAACCUUCUCCAAAAGUUUUCUUCCACCUUCAAGAACCACCGCGCAACUCAGUUUCCUCAGGGUCUGUGGAAUAUGCUACCAUUAUCUUUAGACCCACGACUUCUCAUUCUGGAACUGAAAAGGAACAAACAGGUCCACCGAAACAAAGCAGCAUGAAGCCUUGGGCUUAUUCAUAAAUUUUCCUGAAAAGUGCUCAGAAACAAACCAUUUGUAAGCAAUUGCUGAAGCUGGAUACAAAUGGGGUACUAGGCAAAAGGCAGCUGAAAGGAUGCGGCACACAGAUGUACAGAACUUCCCUGAAAAAAAGUAACUAAUAGUUAGUAAUAGUAACUAAUAGUUACUAAUAGUUUCACUUUUCUAAUAAUACAGCAUCACAAUUCAACUGUUGAUAAGCAAAUCCAGUGGCAGACUGUGGUAUAUUUGCUCUCUCUAUAUUGCUCUAUUUUUAAACACCAGGCAACUAUAAACCCAAAUACAGGAAACUGGUUUUCUCUGAUAGCAACUGCCACAGAGUCCUACUCAGCAAAGGACAGCGAGAUAUGGGAACAUGAUACACUUCCUUUCAUACUUGCAACUUCUCCAACAGCUCACUUCUACACACGUAUGUAAAAUGUUAAUCACCCCCCAUGCUCAUAAGGCACAAAUCAGCAAAGUAUUAAAGAAUCUGCUUAACUGUAAGCAUAUGAGUUCUUUAAUUGACUUCAGAAAGACAACUUGCACACUGCACAUCUUUUAGUAAACAAGUAUCUUGUUGAAAAACAUUUGUCUACAUUAUUAUAUCAAAUGUCUUAAAUUUAAAUAUAUGGGUACAGAAUUAAGACUAAGCUUUGUAUUUUCGUGCCUUUGGUGCUUGUUGUUUAUUAAUAUCAUUUACAUGCUACAGUAUAAAUCUAUCUUGACUUUACUGUAAAUUACACACAUUUUGAUCAAACUACCCUAUCCCGUUAUUAUGGUGAUAGGUGCAAACACCCAUGAAGGAUUACAGAUAAAUCUCAAAAUUCAUCUGACUGAGAUUCUCAUCUUAGUCUGUGAGUUGGGCCCAAGGCUACUGAAUAUGAUACAAAAUCUAUACUUUUUUUGGUAUUAAAGAUUGGAGGAAGAUUCCAACUUGGAUACUGGGUGGCAUGGGACUGCAAAAACACAGAGAAAAGCAGUCCAUGAAUUAUAUGAUUUGUAAACAAAUUUCACUUUGCCCAUGAGUUCUCAUGCGACUCUGACAAAGGAGGGAGGGAUAGAGAGAAAGAGAGAAUGAACGAACAAAAUUUUGUUGCCUGGUCAGAUGGGGCUGUCAACAUCUUUGCCAUUUCACCCGAGAUGGUUGUCUGGCAAAACAUCCUUAUCCAUAGCUGAGGUUCAACCCUCUAAUACAAAUUCUCUGAAAAUAAAGCUAGAAAUAACAUUAUAAGAAUAGCUGAACAGAUCAAUUUCUGGCUUCCUAAACAGUCUUGCAUGAUUGCAUUCUUCACUUCCUGUCCUAACUUCCCAUUUUCUGUUCUUGUCUACUGUUAUUUCCUUUUUGUUUUCCUCAUCACUGCAUUGACCAACUCUGGAAAGGAUUAACGACUGACACCCUCGUGCUUUGGUCUUUCGUGAGAUGGCAAAACGGUUUGUGUGGGGACCAUACCAUUAGGGUCUGAAAUGAUACCGCAAUAAGAAAGAGCAAGUGUAUUAGACUUCAAUAUCCAAAUUCAAUUCCUUAUUUAAUGUAUUUGACUCUCUGAAAGCACAUAAAACUCUGUAUGCCUAAGUUCAUUAUCUGGAUGCAACGGCAUAUAGAAUAAAAGUUCUGCGGUGCUCAGAUCCUAAGGUAAUACGAGUGCAAUACCUAAGUCACAAAAGAAAAAACAUACCGGUGUACACUGCUUUUUGCCUACAAAGCUGAAGAUCAACUGUCAUUUGAAGCUGAGGGUGUAUCUAGGGACAGUUUAUGGAUGCCAUCAGUUGUCUGUCACAAAAUCUACAUAUGUAACUGCUUGUUCUAAAACAAAAGAUGCAAGAAAUAUUCUCAAGUCUUUCUAAAUUUGAAACAUCUUACAAGUAUUUUCUUCCUGUUCAAAUGAUGGAGAUUUGCUAGUAACCUGAAUAGUCUAAAAUGAGGACAGAAUUAUCUGAAGACCUAGCUUAGAUUUGCAUGUUUGGUAGUUAAGUUAGGAAGUUAUUACCAGUCCAUCCAAUCCACUUCUCAGAUGUGGAACUGCAUUCAUGAAAGCUCUAACUGACAUACAAGGAGCCUCUGGACAGUUGGGACAUUAUAAGCCUGUCACGUCCUCAGACGAGCCUGAUGGAUACAGCUAGUUGGUGACCUAGUUCUAUAUUGGCUGUCUGAACAACAAUGUAGACUCGUAUCUGGCUAAGGUCUCAGAACUCUUCCCAGACUAUCUUUCAUUUGAUGGUAGUAGGAAAUAAAUUUGCAGUGUUCUAGAAAGUGGGCAUACCACAUGGACAUGGCACACCUAACAGGAUGUAAGAGGACAGGAGAUUUUAGGAGACCAAGGCUACCAGUCAAGACACUUCACUCUAGUCCCUCCAGAUAUCUCUGUCCUUUUACAGGAUAUAUAGUUAAAACUCACUCCAAAUCUAAGCAUUCUCUGCAGCCUUCACUGAAUGUUUCUUCUUUGUCUCCCUUCAACAGCAAUACGCAGUAACAGGACUGCUUUCAACUUUAAUAGGCAGUAAAGGUAUAUCCAUAUCACUAAUGGCGUGGCUGCUACAUCUUUUACCUCCUGUUGACUGCAAAGAGCUCUUGCCCUAAGUAGAGUAUGAGAACAAAAGAAUGAUAUAAUAAAUUACACUCUCUAUAGAUUCUGCUACGCUCAUCAUUACUGUCAUCUGAGUGCCUUUCAGUAGCUGAUUUGCAAACUGGGUAAAUUUUGCCACUGGGUUUCUUCUGCGUAAGAAACCAUGGAGAUUUGAGCAAGAGCUACAGAGAUGGAAAGGACAAUGUUUUAUUAGCCACUACAUAAACCAUCCAAUUCUGCUCCAUGUUUUCGAAGACCCAGAAAAAACAAAAUGGGAAAGUAAGCUGCAUUUUGGAUCUGCUGCCUGGGAACAAAAAGCAGAGACCAAGGAAUCUCCUGCUAGACAAAGGGAGGUUAGCUCACUCAUACCUUUCCUCUUCCUCUGAAUGGCACUGAAACUUGAGAAUGUUUUUGGAACAAAUGUUUGUCAAUUUGAAGUACAAAGAAAGCCCAAAGUCUUGUUGCAUGAGGAACCGAAGGAACAGAGAAAACCCACCACUCACCAGGCCUAGUCACUUCACAGUAGUACAGAAUUUUAUUCAUUCUAUUCACUUUAGAAGAGCUGCUCAAUUGCUCUCAACUUCCUGCCUUCCUUCUCCCCCAUCCCCAGCAAUUGCAGCAUAUUGAUUACCAGAAAACAAAGCUAAGCAAGGAGAUGAUUCUGGCAACUGUGUCUAGCUCAAGAUUAGCAGAAACAAGAACUUCUCUCCAAAGUAAGGGAUUGCUUUAAA